UGAAAUGGAAGAUGUCCUAGAAGCUUAUUUGGAUUUUUUUAGUAAUGAACUUAUUACAACUUUUGUCUGCUCACCUAUAAUGACUGGAAAAACAAAAGCUUUAAGAAUUAUUCUUAAUUCCUUUGUCAAAGAAGAGAGCAGAUUAUCAUGUUUUAUUUGA